GCAUGUGAAGAUGAGUGUAAAAAACGUCUGAUUUCUUUCUUAUAAUUUCUUCUCCAAAUAGAGGCAACGGCCAUUCUUUUGUCUGUAUCUACAACGAAGAAAAAGAGAAGGCACUGAAGUUUGGAAUUUGGCUGGAACAGUCACGGGGGAAAUGUUCAGUACUUAAAUUGUUUUACCAUACUCAUGUAUCACUCUCUUCCUCUCUUAUGUGCUUGAGCAAAUAUCACUUCUCUUCUUUUUCUUCUUGAUGGAAAACAAUUAGUCUAGCAGCUUCAUGGCAUCCCUUUCUAGUUCUUUUUUAUCAGUUUCAUAUAGAGAUAAUGAGAGACCAGACCUUGAAACCAUAAGGGUACUCGUCAUUUCGAUUAAUCAAUGCAUUCUUGAAUUCAUAACAAACGUAGAGAGAUGGAAUUCUAUAAAAAUGAGAUGCACAUCCAAGAUAAAUAUUCAAAAGCAGGAGUUUUUUGAAUUCUCCGAGCAGUCGGUUCUAUCAAAUCUCUACUGGGGAAUAGAUUGUAUUGAAGCUGCAAUUCAGGCGAAAUGGCCUGAAGAGAAAACUUUAAAGCUGAAUAAUUCAGAGUCAAUGCUUCAGGUGCCUGCAUUGCUUGAUGAACAUGAAGUCACUGCUGGAAUUCCAAACAGUUACUUGGUUUGUUGCUCUUACUUCUACCUCUCUGUGAUUAAGAAACUCCAGAAGGAUGAACUGCAGGUAGCACUGAAUUUUCUCCAAGCGUUAUCAGUUCUUCCAAGACUGAUAGCAAUAGAAUUAGCUCCGGAACUUUGCCGAAGUCUUUUUCAUUCAGGCACCAUGUCUGGGAGGAACUUCGAAUCUUUUUACCUCGAGGACUUUGAUAAAGAAAAUGCCACUGAAACCAUGAGGCAAAUGGCGAAAAGAUACAAACAUUGGUUAAUGUAUUAUCAGGUGUUGAUGUACAAAGAGGCUCCACAGGCGCACUCUGGACAAAAGGAUAUUUCAUCUCCUCAUGCAGAAGCAAAAAAUUCCAAGCAAGAGGUAUCCAGUGAUUCAGAAUCUUCAAAGGCAAAUAAGCAUGGACACACUUUGCAAACUUCCUGUAAUUAUGCAAAGGUGCAUCCACUUGAUCCUCAAGAAAAUGUAAGUGAUGGCAUGACAUUUGAACCUAUGGGAAGCAGAGAAGUUCUAGAAAUUCAAGAUUACUGUGAAGCUCCAAAAUGUUUAAAUAAAGUUCCAAGGUUACCACUUCAAACUGCAGAAAUGAGAAGAAAUUCAACCAUCAAAUGCCUCCAGGAUAUGCUGCAAGAAUCCCUAUCAGAUGUGUCGAGUUCAGUCGAUUCAUGCACCACUGGUUUUGACAAUGAAAGUGACUUUGAGGAAAAUCCGGUGGUCCCCUUGAUUGGAAAUGAAAGAAUAAUUGCAGAUAAUCCACAAGCAGGAACUUUUGAUCAGAAGCUGCUGACUUGCAGCUCUUUAUCAAGCCUAGAAUCCUCAACAAUUACUUCCACAAAAGCUCCUCAACAUCCUAUGCACAGAGAUUCUAAUGAAGUACUCAAUAUCACUAAGGAUAUUUCUAAGAGAUUCUUGAGUUCUUUAAAUGAUGUAGAUCUAUCCAUUUUCAAUUUUGAAGACCAAAGAUCAAGUUACGCUCUCUAUGACGAAGAUUGUAAAAUUCGGAGAACUUUAGAGCCACACAAAGUCCAGCACUUUGAACGCAUAACAUCUACAUCUCUGCAGAAAUAUAGGCUUACUCAGAUGGACUGCCACAGAAGUUCGACAAAGAAAAACCAGAAAACACAUGGUAGCAAAAAAUUCAACGAAGAUUAUCCACAAUGGGAAAAGGAUUCCAAGAGUGAAUUGCUGAAAAUAAUUGAGAAAGCCAUUUCAAGAUUGUGUUUCUCAGAAGAAUUGAGGGCAUUUGACAAAGAUUAUGCUGUAGAAGUCAGAACCAUUUAUGAAAUGCUGAAGAACAAAACAGGAGUAAAAUACACUAUGUUAAAAGAUGCAAUUUUGGAACAGCUACUGACAGCCAUUUCAACCUCUGAAGACGACACAGUCGUAAGGGCAUCAGUUUCUAUACUAACAACUGUCAUUUCAGCCAACGUAUCAGUUGUAGAAGACAUCAAGAAGAAGGGUUUGCAGUUAAAAGAUUUGGCGAGUGCUCUUAAAAGAAAUGUGCAUGAAGCAGCUAUCCUUAUCUACUUGAUAAAGCCAUCUCCUACAGAAAUAAAGACUCUAGACCUCUUACCAAUGCUGGUGGAGGUCGUGUGCACAUCAAACAUUUGUAAGGGUGAGCCAGAAUCAAGUCUCCUGACACCUCCAGCUGCAUCAUUGAUGAUUAUUGAAGUACUGGUAACUGCAUUCGACAAUGCUACUAAUAACAUGCACUUGGCUACAAUAAAUUCGCCCCGUGUCCUCAGUGGCCUGCUAGAUGUUGCAAGACAGCGGAACAUAGAAGAAUUAAUCUCAUUGGCUACUGUUCUUGUAAAAUGUAUGCAGUUUGACGGACAAUGUAGGAAAUAUUUGUCUGAGUUGACUCCAGUGGCUCCACUUAUCUGCCUCCUUCAAAGUAAUGAGAAGCGUGCCAUGCUCGUAGCUCUAGAAUUUUUUCAUGAGAUCCUUUGCAUGCCAAGAUCAUCAGCCAUAGGCCUGUUGCAGCGGAUACAUAAAGAAGGAAGCAUCAACAUCCUGCAGAUAUUAAAGCUUUCUCUCCUAAAAUUGCAGCCUGAAUACCAAAUUUUUGCAGCAAAUUUGUUGCUUCAGUUAGACAUACUGGAAAACUCCUCUGUUAAAAGUGCAUUCAGAGAAGAGGCUAUGCAGGUCCUCCUACAAUCAGUGUCAUCCGAAGAAAGCUCUACCACUCAGAUUCUAUCUACUUUCAUUUUUUCAAACAUUGGUGGAACUUUUUCCUGGAUGGGGGAACCAUACACAGUCGCAUGGCUGGUGAAAAAGGCAGGUUUAAGCUCCUUUUGUCUUCGGAACAUGAUAAGAAACUUUGACUGGUUGGAUCAAAGCCUGCAGGAUGCAGGAAUAGACGCAUGGAGCAGCAAGAUUGCCAAAAGCAUCAUUGAAAUUGGGAAACCUGUUUUUCAUGCUUUAGAGAAGGGACUAAACAGUAAGAUAAGGAGGGUUUCUCGGGACUCUCUCACAGCUAUUGCAUGGCUUGGUUUGGAAAUUGCAAAAAGUCCAAAUAGCCUAAGAUAUUCUGCAUGUGAAAUAUUACUUGGUGGAGUUCAGCAAUUUUUGCAUCCUGGAUUUGAGCUUGAAGAACGACUUCUAGCAUGUCUCUGCAUCUACAACUAUGCUUCUGGUAAAGGAAUGAAGAAAGUAAUCAACUUCUCAGAAGGAGUGCGGGAAUCACUGAGAAGACUUUCAAAUGUGACCUGGAUGGCAGAGGAAUUACAUAAAGUUGUUAACUUCUAUCUUCCCAACAUAUCGCGUAUCUCUUGUGUACACACACCAAUUCUGGAAGCAAGCUAUAAACGCAGUGGAGCUGUAACUGCUCUUAUCUACUACAAGGGACUGCUUUACAGUGGAUACUCAGAUGGUUCGAUUAAGGUGUGGGACAUCAGAAUGCAAUUGGCCAAACUUGUAUGGGACAUCAAGGUGCAUAGAGAGGCAGUGACUUGUUUCUCUCUUUUUGAACCAGGGGAGAGCCUUUUAAGUGGAUCGGCUGAUAAAACCAUCAGGGUUUGGCAAAUGGUCCAGAGGAAACUGGAGCUAAUUGAAGUUAUAGCGACAAAAGAACCAAUUCAAAAGUUAGACACCUAUGGCAAAACCAUUUUUGCAAUAACUCAACGCCACCAAAUGAAGGAGAUUGACUCGUCAAGAGCCCUGAAAGAUAUCUCCAAGAGUAAAAAUGUGAAAAGCAUGAGUAUUGUUCAAGGAAGGAUUUAUACCGGCUGCACAGAUUCAAGCAUACAGGAAUUAGCAAUGACAAACUACCAGCAGCGAGAAAUAAAGCCACCAGCAAAGAUUUGGAGAAUGAAAAGCAAGUCCAUUAAUUCAAUUGUUGUAUACAGAGAGUGGCUUUAUAGUGCAAGUUCAAUUGUAGAGGGCUCAAAUAUUAAGGACUGGAGAAGACAAUGCAAGCCACAAAUAUCGGUUGUUCCUGAAAAAGGAACAAGUAUACUAGAUAUGGGAGUAGUGGAAGACUUCAUAUACUUAAAUUGCAGCUACUCAGCAAGCUCUUUGCAGAUUUGGUUGAGAGGUACACAAAAGAAAGUGGGGAGAAUAUCAGCUGGAAGCAAGAUAACAAGUCUCCUCACUGCCAAUGACAUAGUUCUAUGUGGUACAGAGACAGGUCUAAUCAAGGGUUGGAUCCCUCUCUAGCAAAAACCACAAGAAGCAAAAAUCGUUGUGGAAUUUUCACCAGGAGAACAAAUAGACUUGUGGGUGCUAAUCAGACAGCCACAAUCCAUUAUAUAUAUAUAUGUAUUGUUGAUCUCAAUCGCAAAGUCACUUUGUAUUAUAGUUAUACAACACAGUCUGUAAUAUAUUUCAUAUAUAUAUAUAUAUAUAUAUUCCUUUC